AUGAGACUGGUUGAUAUUUUAUUUGUACUGAGCGCAGCAGCAACCGCUAAUGCAAUACUGAUCCCGACUGAUAACGAUGAUUCACCCAAAGUAUCAAGCACCUCCAGCCAAGUGUCUGGCCCCACUAAUGAACCCAGUCCAGGCACUUCCGACGACUGGCAACAGCCAAUGGAUAUAGUCGGCUCAAGUACUUUUAAUGAAGACUGGAAAAAACUAUUUGAUCAGAUUAAUUUAAACACUCCCAACCAAGGCCAGCAACAGACAAUUGAUGUAGCUAGCCCAAGUAGUUUCAAUCAAAUGUUUGGCCCAACUAAUCAACCCAGUCCAAGUACUUUUAAUGAAGACUGGAAAAAACUAUUUGAUCAGAUUAAUUUAAACACUCCCAACCAAGGCCAGCAACAGACAAUUGAUGUAGCUAGCCCAAGUAGUUCCAAUCAAGGCCGGCAACAACUAAUGGACCAACCUGGACCAAAUACUUUUAAACAGGGUCGAAAACGCCAAAUGGAUAGAGAUGAUCCAAGCACUCUCAAACGAGUACGGAAACAACCAAUGGAUGAUGUCAAGACUGUUUCAAAUCGAAAGACUAGUUUGGUAAAAGCAUCUCAGAUUAUUACUAAACUAAAGGAGAAAUUUAGAGAAGCUAAACAGAUGGAAAGGAAAACAUAUCAAGCCUAUACUAGUUAUGAAGUCAUUGGAUUCAGACAAAGAAUAGCAUUAGUAACAGGUCAAGAUAUAUCUGGAUCAACGUACGAUCCAGAGGUUGAAAAGCAAUUGAAACAAGAUUAUGAAAAGGCAAGCAAAGAAGUAAACGAUAUAGGACAAAAACUAAGAUUUAUGAAAAGGCAUGUUUAA